UACCCCUAAAAAAACACACCGCACACCACUCCUCUCUCUCCACGCGCAGCGAACCCUAGUGCUCUCACCCUCUCCCGGAUCCACCGCCGCCGCACACCACUCCUCCUUCUGGAUCCACCGCCGGCGCCCCCAACCCCACUCCCUCCCUCUGGAUCUCCACGCGCCACCGCCCCCACCCCACUCCCUCCCUCUGGAUCUCAACGCGCCGCCGCCCCGACCUGCUCCUCAUCGGGUUCCUCAUCAGGCUCCUCAUCGUCCUCCUCGACCUGCUGCUCCCACCCGUGCUCCUCUCGAACUUCCUCCGCGUUGGCGUCCACCACGCCUCCGCACACAGCCUCCUCAACCAGGCUAGGGGCUUCCACUUCCACUUCCGCACACAGCAGCAACUCCUUCUUCUCCUUCCCCACUGCUUCCGCCUACGAUCGAUCCCACCGGAGCACCACCACCCACCGCCACCACCGCGCGGAUCAGAGCGGAGCGCCGAUGGAGGUGGUGAAGAGCCUCCUGAAGCCGAAGCCGACACCGCAGCAGCAGCUGCGCGAGUGGCAGCGCCGCCUCCGUAACGAGGGCCGCAACAUUGAGCGCCAAAUCCAAGACGUGCAGAAGGAGGAGAAGAAGGUGGAGAAGGCCAUCCAGGACGCCGCCAAGGCGAUGGCCAAGGAGCUGGUGCAGUCCAGGAAGGCGGUCAACCAGCUCUACGAGAACAAGGACCAGCUCAACUCCAUCUCCAUGCACCUCGGAAAGAUCGUCGGAUGCUGUGAUCGACGGCCUGAACAGCAAGACCCACAUGAAGAUCCUGCUGAAGUGGAUGUGGGGCAGGAGGAUCAUCAAGCUCUUGUGCACGUAGCGAGGAGCUGCUCUUCGCCUCGCCUUGCGCUGAUGAAAAAUACCAGUGCUUUCAUUGCUAAUAAUACACGCAUGCUCCACAACUAAUAUAGAAGAUGCAUUUCCAUCCCAUCUAGUAGGUGCUGACUCGAUGCAAACAAAUAAAAUAAAAUUAGUAGGUGUUAUAUGCUGAACGAUGCUAGCUGUUGUACCAAUGUGAUUUUGCUUGCUUGAUUGAUGACUGCUUGUCAUUAAUUAGAAAAAAGACGAAGAAAACCUUGUCUAUUUUAUUUGAGGAGAAUCAUGUAGCCCAUUCACUAGACAACCAAUACUACUACUUGUAUUUGCAUGUUUGCUUGCUUGCUUGCUUGUAGCACUAUCAAGUGUGAGGAAAUUCAGUACUAGGAUGUGUGGAGCGACAUGAAUACAUUGCUGCCGUGGUAUCUGUAUUCCAUUGUCCAGAUGAUUGGGCCAUGGAAGUUAUGCAUGGUAGCAUACAUGACGUCUUCCUUUUUAGCCUCUAGGCUGGCGCAGUUUGCCUGUUCUUAGUGUAGGUAGCUAGAUAAUAUCUACCUCGGUUUUCAUGAUGCUCUGUAUGGUUGCCAUGUUUAGAAUAUAUCCACCUCCUUGUUGUGAUUGCAAUAACAUGAUUAUAAUAUGUUAAGUAGUUUCUAGUUUAGUAUUCGAGGUGAAAUGCUUGGAACAUCUGUGUAUACAUUCAGUAUUCAUCAGCUCAGCUCAGUGACAUGCUCUUAUACACAUCUACACAACUUUUGAGAUCUUUUUAAUUAAUGUAAGUAUGGAUGGAUUCUUAUUACAGUAAGACACGUGGUAUGGGAGCUGGGCGCAAGCUCAAGACCCACCGCAGGAACCAGAGGUGGGCUAACAAGGCAUACAAGAAGAGCCACUUGGGCAACGAGUGGAAGAAACCCUUCGCUGGAUCUGUACAUCAGCUCCCAUGAUGUUGCAUUAGCUAUAAUCUGUACUGCUAAAAGAGGAGUAUAAACUGGAGUAAUUUUUUCAGCCAUUA